CUCUACACUAUUGGCAUGGUCUCCGCUUUCAUUGCUCUGCUAAGAAGCGGUAAAGAAAGACUGAGUAGUGUCAGAUUUAACUCGAGCUUUGCAGAUGCACAGAAAGCGUGACUGACACAAGAACACUGACAGUAGUGCAGUAAAGCCGGCGUGUCGUUGUAAAUACCACCGGGAGAAAAUUGUUUUUCAAGAUUUUGGAGAUGAUGUAAAGAACGGUUGAAUUCCGCUGCUGUGCUUUUUUUUGGGGUGAUAUAACUGUCUGGAAAAGAAAAUGGCGAGCUUUUUGAUUAACGUGUCUAUUGCCCUUGUGUUUCUUUUCAUGUGCUCAUUUUCUUCUGCCAAAGCGGAGGCCGAAGAAGAAGAAAAAGAGGAAAGAUCAUGCCAAGGUGCUUUCGACUUGUACUUUGUCCUAGAUAAAUCAGGAAGUGUAAAAAACCACUGGAUAGAAAUUUACUCCUUUGUUGAAGAUCUGGCUGAGAAGUUUAUCAGUCCUAUGCUGCGAAUGUCCUUCGUAGUGUUCUCUUCGCGAGGAACAACAAUCAUGAAAUUAACUGAAAACAGGGACGACAUAAGAAAGGGACUUAUCUCUCUAAAAAGGGAGGUGCCUGGAGGAGAUACAUUUAUGCAUUUAGGACUGGAAAGGGCAAAUCAACAAAUAUACCAUGAAAAUUAUGGAGGUUUUCGGACGGCCAGUGUGAUAAUUGCGUUGACUGAUGGAGAACUGAACGAAGAACAAUUCUAUCGUGCACAACAAGAAGCUGAACGAGCUAGAGGUUUUGGCGCUAUUGUUUAUUGUGUGGGAGUGAAAGAUUUUAAUGAAACACAGCUGGCAACAAUAGCUGACACUAUAGAUCACGUGUUUCCUGUAUUGGGAGGAUUUAAUGCUCUGGGAGGUAUAAUUGACUCGAUUCUUAGGAAAUCCUGUAUUGAAAUCUUAGCAGCCGAACCAUCAAGCGUCUGUGCUGGAGAGUCCUUUCAGGUUGUUGUAAAAGGGAAUGGGUUCUCUCACGCAAGGAAUAUUGAUCAGGUUCUCUGCAGCUUUAAAAUCAAUGACACUCUUACCAUAAAUGAGAAACCUGAAGACAUAGAAGAUACAUAUUUAUUGUGCCCGGCUCCAGUAAUAGAUGAGGUUGGACAAGUUGUGUAUCUACAAGUCAGCAUGAAUGAGGGCUUAACAUUCAUCACCAGCUCUGUGUACAUCACCACCACUCACUGCUUCGAUGGGACAAUACUUCUGAUCACACUGUUAGUCCUGUUCUUAUUACUGGGUCUUCUUUUGAUGUGGUGGUUCUGGCCUCUAUGUUGCACUGUGGUGAUUAAAGAGCCCCCACCUCCACCACCCCCUGACUCUGAAUCUGAUGAUGAGGAUGGAAUGCCAAAGAAAAAAUGGCCAACAGUUGAUGCGUCUUACUAUGGAGGCAGAGGAGUUGGAGGCAUAAAAAGAAUGGAGGUACGCUGGGGUGGUAAAGGUUCAACAGAAGAAGGAGCUAAACUGGAGAAACCCAAGAAUGCUGUAGUUAAAAUGCCCGAACAAGAGUUUGAACCCUUUGAGCCAAAGCCAAAGAGAUUUAGCAGGAGGCAGCCUCAGGAGAGAAAAUGGUACACGCCGAUCCAGGGCAAACUUGAUGCAUUGUGGGCACUGUUUCAGAGGGGCUAUGAUCAAGUGUCUCUCAUGAGGCCACUACCUGGAGAUCAGGGAAGAUGCAUUAACUUCACAAGGGUGAAGGAGGAAGCAGCACGUGCUCCCCCAAGAGCUCCACAAGAGUCCAUCCCUCUAAACAGAGCGACCACACCCCCUCCCCCUCCCCCUCCCCCUCCCCCUCCCCAGAGCACUGCCCCGUCCAGAGGAUCAUUGCUGAGUCGACCUCCACCAGGACCCCCGCCUGCCCGCGCGCCCCCUGGGCCGCCCCCGUCACGCCCCCCACCCUGCCCAGACAACUAACCAUGAGAACAACAGGAGUCACGAUGCAAAGUGCACAUGGGUUCAAAAUCUCCACUUUGACCAAACGUAUAGUAUUUAUUAAAGCUGGGGUUGCCUUACGAUGUAUGAGGUUUGUUGCUGGACAGCAAAAAUAAUUCAGAAAUCAACUACUGAAAAUCCAAGAAAAUGUAAAGUUUCCAAUUACAGUAUUUGAUUGUUUUUGACAUGAUGCUGAGUGUAUCUCUUGUUUUUUAGUUGUUUUUUUUUCAAUCAGCGUUUUCCUAAUAUUUGAUUUCUGUUCUGCUUAACAUCCUAUUAUCCUGUGUGUAUUCAGAAUGAUUCUUUAUUGUUGUUUCCGCUUAGAUCACUAUGUGGCAGAAAAGAUUUAUCAGACUGAAUGUGACUGAGGAAGUGAGGUGGGGAAGCAUAUUAGCAUUGCACAGGCUAAAACAACAAGUGAAUCAUUCAGAACACAUAUAAUAAGAUAUAAACAGGUAAGAAUGAAAUGCUCUGUAAAUGUAGAUGAUUUUAAGUAUGCCUUCAAUGUCAAGAGGUAAGAGUACUUUUAGCUCAACAAUGUGCUGAGAAUCAUCUAAUUAGAUCUGCAGGCUAGUCACUGGCCCUUCCAGGAAAAUGUAAAGACUCCUGGUUGAUUUUAACAUGGGUUGACCCAAUAAUCGAUUUAGUCACGUAACUCCAAGCUGUAAUUUUUGUUUCUUUUUAUUUGCUGUCAGUUAUGUAUGUGACCUAGUUUCAUGACAAUGUCAUAAAAUACCAAAUAUGUUCUGUUUCAAUUGUAUUAUUCACUGAGUCUUGAAGGUAAAGAUUGUACAGAGAUGUAUGUAUUGUGAAAUGUCACUGUUUCUUUUUUAGUGGGUUGAAGGGUUGUUUUUGGUGUUUUUUUUUUGUUUGCUUUUCUGUAAGUGAAAAUGACAAAACUUAAGGAACUUAGGAAGUGGUAACUGAAAAAAGGUUAAUUUGGUGUCACAGAGCAAGAAGAACAUUCACUGUAAUAUCAAGGCCUUUCUAUGCACCUAGAAGCUUUUAAAUCCCAUUGGUUUAUCACACUUUUUAAGGUAAAACCAGGCCGUUCCAAUUCUAGUAUCAAAUUGAAACAUCUCUCUGAGUGCUGAGUGCACUUAACUAUACCUGGUCUGUAUGCUAAUAUAAGUGAGUGUGGUUUUGAAAACUUUUGCAACAACAAACAAAAGGUUACUGCAGGGCAGUUAACACAACCUAAUUUAUUAAUCCAGGGUAUGGGUGUAGGUACUUGAAAAUGAUGAGGUGGCUGCUGAUGGCUCAGGACACUGUAUGCAUGUGAUGACAACAUUGGAGUUAACCUACCUAAUGAUACGUUUGUUUGUUUGUUUGUUUGUUUGUUUUUACAUUUGUUAUACAUUUCUUUUAAUGAUUUCAUUCUUUAUGAAUUUAAUAACACAGCUUAUCUUCAUAGUAUUGCAUUCAUUUGUUAUGGCUUAUGGAGUAAAGAUGUUUAGGGUUUGCAUGCACUUAUUUCCUGUUAGAGUGUGAAUUUGUCGUAACACAUUGAAAGAUCUUUCUUUGUAACUUUAUAUGAAUUCUGCUUUACAUCAAUAGUAAACUAUUGUCGUGAAAAUUAGUACUGAUUAAUGGGGUUUGAGCAAUAUUCCAUUAACCUGCUAGGAGGGCAUAGGUACAGGUACAAUGCAUUUAUGUUAAAUGUUAUCUAUCAAGUAGAUCUUUAUACCCAUGUUUAUUUUAUAUGCAUCUGGAAUAAUAUCUAGAAGUUUAUUAUGGGAACAUUAACAACUAUAAAUUCCGACAAAGCUCAGACAUUAGAUACUGGAGUGCUGAAAACAUUAGUUAUUCUUUUACAUGUACUAAUGCAAGCAUGAUUUUUUUUUUCCCAAAAAAAAGUACUAAUAAAAAUGAAGUUCCAAA